CAAAGCCCAGCCGUGCGCCAGUCAGGCAUCUGCUAUAGCCCUGCACACACAGCCUUCAAGCAUGAACACAAUUCUGCCUGUGCUGAUUUUGGUCCUGGGAAGCGUGCUGGACCUCACUCACGCCCAAACUUGCACCCACAAUAAAACAUUAGGGAGUGGCGAUUCAAAGACCAUUCAUACAGACGAGAUAACUUACAACCGUGGAAUGAGGAUGUCAAUCAAGGUCGACAAACUAUAUCCCUGUGAAGACUUCCUCGCAGUGAUUCUUGAGGUGGAGGAAACUAAUGGAAUAGUUCACAAGGCUGAAUUCCUAGCAGAUGGCAAAUGCUGGGAGAAGAAAACUGAGCGGAAGAAGUUACAAGGGGAAGUGAUUUUAUACAAAAACCCACUCAGUAAAAACUUGAGUUACCACCUAACUGUUGGCGAGUGCAUGUUGAACUUUAGUGAAGAGAUCAAGGGAUUUACGGGCUUUCUGCGUAUUAACAUAGUGGGUCACGGCCAGUCACUUUGGUGCACAGGAGUGGAAGAUCCCCCUAAAAAGCUUAAACCUCCACCGCUACCGUUCAAAUGUCACUCUGCCCCGCCUUCCCAUAACAUAUCUCCUGUCGUAUCCAGAGCCAAGGUGCUGGUCAUAGUGGGAUGGGUGGUGGGAGGGUUAGUGGUGGUGGUCACGGUGGUGGUAACAGUGGUAGUGGUGUGGUGCGUGUGUAGGCGGAGUUCAUCGCAGUCACCGGUGGCGCGGUGGAGGAGACCCCGAGGUGAGCACCCGCCCAGCCACAGCCACGUCAGCGACAACAACAUGUACGAGCCGUUCAGUAAUCCCGAGGAGGACGCCGCCGCCGCUGCACCCAAGGCCUCCCUACAAGCCAACCGCAACAGCUUGUAUGAACCUUUCAGUGCUUCGACAGCAAGCAGCGGACGCGGGGACACGGGAUGCAUCUAAACAGGUUACAGGCAAGGAAGGGGCUGCAGAUGAUAAGCCUGUGCAGAAGUUAGAUUGGUACAGUUUUGUCCUCGUUAGUGGAGGGAUAAAGUGGGUGAGCAGGAGAUUCUAAGUAAGCUGUAGAUUAGAAGGAAUAGAAGAUGGUUUGGUAAACUUUUCCUUGCUGGUGACGUGAAUGCUGGGUAACUAAGGGAAAGGUGAUUGAGAUUGAUAAACAGUGUAUUAAGGAUGACGAGCUUGUGGAGUGUGCGUAACUACUGUAUCGUAUCCGCUGGUGUGAGCUGGCUUCUGCUGGCCACUGUUAUAAGUCAGCCAGCAAGCGAUGACCAUGAUUUUGUGCUAUAAGGAAAUGAGAUGAUGCUUAUAAUGCUUUACUUGAUCCUUUGACUAUUGUGGAUUCUACUUAAACUUAGUAAUAUGGUGUGAAACAAGUUUAGAAUGAAAUUUUGACAGACGCGACUGACAUCAAAACGAGUCAGUCGUAUCUACGUAAUGUCUUACCUCAAUGUGCAGAGUUAUCUUGGCUCAGUAUAGUUGUCUUGGGAUACUCAAACGAGGUACUUGUGCCAUGUUCUCAUUAAUAGUUAGUAGUUUAGCUGCACGAGAAGUGUGGCCAGCGAUAUGUAAAGACCUCCUGUAUACUGGUUAUUUUCCACGUCUUCAUUGUUAAAGUUAGGUCCUUGUGAUAUGAGUGUGUCAUAUGGUGGAGUGCUUCACACACACACACACACACACACACACACACACACACACACUGUAACUCUCACUGUAUCUCUGUAUCUACUUCGUUUGUCACUGAACAAUGUUUCCUUAAAGUCGGUUUGUUUUAGGUAAUAUUGAUACACAACAUGUGAAAUCCCACUCGUCUGUUGCCUCGAGCAUCAUUGUCUGCCCGUACAGGAAUUAUUUUUUCUGAUUGCAUAUAUAUAUUUUUUAUGAUACUUUUGUUUAUAUAUAUAUAUAUAUAUAUAUAUAUAUAUAUAUAUAUAUAUAUAUAUAUAUAUAUAUAUAUAUAUAUAUAUAUAUAUAUAUAUAUAUAUAUAUAUAUAUAUAUAUAUAUAUAUAUAUAUACAUAAUCUAUUUAGCUUAAGCUAACAUAGCGAGUGUUCGGAAAGUAAUGGUUUUAGCAAUGAAUGUAUUUUUGGAGUGUUGCCAGAUAAAAUAAAUGUUUCGUUUGCCAGUGAGACAAGUGAAAUGCUAUAGCAAUGCUUUGCUGCAGUCUUCAUGGCAGACUGACAGACGUUGCCUGAGUGUAAGGAAGUAUAACCUUUACGAUAUUCCGUGUAUAUUGUGUCGUUAGAAUGGGUCAUACUCGUAACAGGGCCUAGUGUUUGUUGCUAUAUUUACUGACAUUUGUUACUCCCCAACUGUAUAACUGUAUAACUGUCGUGAUAGCGAUCUCAGUUCUAUGACAUGUCCGUUUCUCCCUUCUUUUCUUCUUUGUGUCUAAAUCAUGCCUGCGUUUUCGGUCCACCAGUCACUUUCUCACAUGUGGAUGGAUAUUUUCUUUAUGCAUCCCUUCCUUUCGCAGGAUCGUGUACCAUCGUCUUGCUAAGCGCUAGACCUCUAGGCCGGAAUGAGAAUUAUGCAUAAGACCAGCAGUUUUUCUCUUCCCUGCCUGUCUUGUGGUAGUAAAUAAAACACCCAGGGGAUU